AUGCAAUACAAAAAGACUCUAGCCGCUUCCGCUUUGGCUACUUCCGCCUUGGCCGCUUACGUUCCAGGUCAACCAUGGUCCACCUUGACCCCAUCCGCCACUUUCAAGGGUGGUAUUACCGACUACGCCUCCACCUUCGGUAUCGCUGUCCAACCAAUCGCUACCCCAGCUUCUGUUGCCAAGAGAGCUGUCUCUCAAAUCGGUGACGGUCAAGUUCAAGCUACCACCAAGACCACAUCUACUCUAGCUCCAAAGGCCCCAAUCUCUCAAAUCGGUGAUGGUCAAAUCCAAGCCACUACCAAGACACAAGCUGCUCCAGUUUCUCAAAUCGGUGACGGUCAAAUCCAAGCUACUACCAAGACACAAGCUGCUCCAGUUUCUCAAAUUGGUGAUGGUCAAAUCCAAGCUACUACCAAGACACAAGCUGCUCCAGUUUCUCAAAUCGGUGACGGUCAAAUCCAAGCUACCACCAAGACACAAGCUGCUCCAGUUUCUCAAAUUGGUGACGGUCAAAUUCAAGCCACUACCAAGACACAAGCUGCUCCAGUUUCUCAAAUUGGUGAUGGUCAAAUCCAAGCUACCACCAAGACUGCUGUCUCUCAAAUUGGUGACGGUCAAAUCCAAGCUACCAAGACUGCUACUGCCGGUGCUUCUCAAAUUCAAGACGGUCAAGUCCAAGCCUCAAACCAAGGUAAGGCACCAAAUGAUCCAGUUGGCGCUGUCUCCUGUAAGGUUGACGGUACUCUAGAAAUGAACUUGAAGGGUGGUAUCUUGACCGAUGGUAAGGGUAGAAUCGGUUCCAUUGUUGCUAACAGACAAUUCCAAUUCGAUGGUCCACCACCACAAGCUGGUGCCAUCUUUGCUGCUGGUUGGUCUUUGACCCCACAAGGUAACUUGGCUCUAGGUGACAACGAUGUCUUCUACCAAUGUCUAUCCGGUAACUUCUACAACUUGUACGACCAACACAUUGGUUCUCAAUGUACUCCAGUGCAUUUGUCCGCCAUUGACUUGAUCAAAUGUUAA